AUGGCAUCACCAGUGGCCGAGCUCGAGGCUGGCCUGCAGGCCAUGCAGGGCCUCAAGCCGCCGGGCGUCUCUGGGUCACGCAUCACAUCCCUGACGGCACUGUGUGUCGCCAACGUCCAGUCCGAAUCCGUCCUCAUCCAAAAGCUAUACACACACUUCAAGAAGACGCCGGGCACGCACAAGCUCGGCGUGCUCUAUGUCGUAGAUUCUGUAACCCGCAAGUGGUUGGACCAGGCCCGGCAGCAGGGCCAGGCCGUCAACGGGUCUGCCCCGGACGGCACCUAUGCUGCAGGCGUGAAUAGAGUAACCGAGCUGAUUCCGGUGCUGAUGACCGACAUCCUGUCGACAGCCCCAGCUGACCAGAAGGACAAAAUCAAGAAGCUCGUCGAUAUCUGGGAAAAGGGCCAGACGUUCUCUCCCCAGCUGAUUGAAUCUUUCAAGGAGAAGCUCAAUGCUUCAGCAUCCAAUGUCUCAACGACGCCGCCGGGUAGCCCGCCUCCCAAUGUCCUGACCCAAGGCGCCGCCAAACCUGCAGCGCCUGCUGGUCCUCCGGCCCUUCCACCGAACAUUAUGGAGACUCUCGCCAACUUGGCCAAGCAGAGCUCAUCUGCCGCGGCACCGCUGCCCGCGACGGCCACGCCGCCGACACUGGCAGCUCCCUUUGGCCAGCAGCAGCAACAGCCGCCGGCUCAGCCACCACAACAGUAUGGCCAGCAGCCCCCUCCUUUCCAGAUGCCCCCGGCACAGCAGCAGCAACAGCAGACCCCGUUUCCGGGCCCGUAUGGUGCUUCCGGCGCUCUCCCCGGUGCAACCGCCCCCAACUCCCAACUGCCGCCAGCCCUCGCCGGUUUGGCCGGCCUCAUUGGCGCCGCGUCUCAGCAGCAGCCGCAUCAACCACCGCCGCCACAGCCGCAGCCGCAGCCUGGCGCUGCGCCCAACGUUCAGCAGAAUCUGAUGUUUAUCCAGGCUCUCCUGGCUCAGGGCCUUUCUCUGGACCAGAUCUCGGGCAUCUUGGCCCAGGUUGGUAACGGCGCACCCGCCACCGGUGGCCCUCCCUCGCUCGUCCCAUCAGCUAUUGCGGCCGCCGCUGCCGCUGCAGGCGCGGGCGGUGCUGCACAGGCUGCGCCGCAGUGGCCCCCAAACAACUAUGGCGGGCGCUCUCCUGGCCGUGGUCGGUCUCGGUCUCGCUCGCCUGGCAGACACUGGGAUGGGCGUAGUUCGCCGCGUGGACGCGACCACCAUGGGCACGGCGGCGGCCGUGACUACCGUCAGCGCUCGCCUCCUGGUGGUGGUCGGCGCAGCCCGCGCAACCCCGAGCCCCCUUCGCCCGGCUCCAAGUUUGUCGAGCACGACCCGUCCCUGCCCGAGAAUACGAUCCGUGUGCUGAGCCGGACGCUCUUUGUUGGUGGCGUCAAUAUCCCGGAGUCGGAGCUGCGUGCUAUUUUCACCCGCUUUGGUGACGUCCAGACCUGCAUUGUCAACAAGGAGAAGCGCCACGCUUUUGUCAAGAUGUACACGCGCGCUGACGCCGAGGCCGCAAAAGACGGCAUGGAGCAUUCCCGCGGCGCCGAUGACCUCGGCCUGCGCACGCGCUGGGGCGUCGGUUUCGGCCCUCGCGACUGCAGCGAUUACUCCAAGGGUGUCAGCAUCAUCCCGAUCACGAAGCUCACCGAGGCCGACCGCAAGUGGCUCCUGACCGCCCCCUGGGGUGGCAGUGGCGGCCGCCCGAUCGCUACUGGCCUCGUCGUCGAAGAGCCCGACAUUGAGAUUGGUGCCGGCGUAUCGUCCAAAGCCAUCAGCCGCCGCAUGCAGACCGACCGCGGCGGCGUCAACGGCCCGCGCUCCACCCGUCGUGAGGAGGAAAUGGCCAACGCUAACUCCGUGCCCAUCAACCCGCGGGGUGGCCGGCGUGGUGACUACCGCGGCGAUAGAAACGAUCGCGGUAGUUACGACCGUCGUGGCAACGGCAGCGGUGCUGGUGACGAGCUGAACUAUGGCGGCGGCGGCGGCCCGGGCGACAGCAAAAUCAACAAUGGCAACGGCGCGGCACCACCAGCUGGCUUUCCCUUUGGCCUGACCAUGGGAGCCAACGGCAUGCCUGUCUUCCCGCCUGGCUUCCAGUUCCCUGCGCCCGAGUAA